CCUCCUGGAGUAGGGGGUGUGCGGCUCCUCGUCCCGCCCCUGCCUCUGAGUGACAGCAGCGUGGACAGCUGCCCACCCGGCCAGACCCGCAGUUGGGCCGCCCUCGCUGGGCAAUGCUGAGUAAGAAAAAUCAACCAGGAGUGAUUUUUGGCAACUGGAGUUGAAUUUGCCAGGAAUGCUGCAGAGCUUCUGAGACUUUGCUUCGGGAAACAUCUCUCUUUUUUGGCCGCUUUCCAGAGUUUCAACUUGGCAGCCUCAAGGACACAGCGUAAGCAGGCAUUUUGGAGAUCAAAGAUGGGUAGAAAAGACUCUUCCAAUACAAAACUUCCUGUUGAUCAGUACAGAAAGCAAAUAGGUAAACAGGAUUAUAAAAAAACCAAACCUAUUUUACGAGCAACCAAAUUAAAAGCAGAAGCAAAGAAAACAGCAAUAGGCAUAAAGGAAGUUGGCCUCAUGCUAGCAGCUAUCCUGGCCCUGCUCCUGGCGUUCUAUGCUUUCUUUUAUCUCCGACUGUCCACAAAUAUUGACUCUGAUCUGGACCCAGAUGAAGAUUAGCUGAGCAGCAAUCAAGAAAGAAAAGGAAAUAAGUCUGAUAAGAGCAUCUCUGGAGACAAACACAUUGCCAAUUUCCAAAGCUAGAACAGUUUGAAAAUGUGCUUCCUGGUACUGUCAGUUUGCAGAAAUAUCUUUGUGCUUAGUGGCAUAGGGUAUCAAAAAAGGACCUUACUCAGCAAUGUAGGAUCACGUAUGCUACGUGAUACUUUAUAAAUCUCUGAUCUAGCAGAUAGCCUAUUCAUGGUACAGUUAAAUAAGAUGGCGACAUUUUUUUUCCAGAUUUUUUUCAAUUUAUAUGAAUAACUCCAUUGGUUACAAAUCACUAAACCUAUUAUAUCCUGUGUAUAUUAUAAGAAACAUAUAUAUUGCCAUUUGCAGAAGCAUACUCAAAAUCAUAUUCAGACUGCAAGAAGGAAUAGAAAGUCAUAUGAAAUUGCUAUUUUACAAGGAAGCGUGCUUUCUUCCCAGCCAUAUUUUAUGUCAUUAGGGAGACUAUCUGCACAUACAUCCACAGUAAUCUUUUUCUUCCUUGCCAACUGUUAGUGCACAUGUGCUGCGUCAGAAAUGGCACCUGGAUGACAGAAGCUCAAAGAGUCACAUAUGUCCCUAAAGUGGAGUUUCUCGUCUCUUGGGCUGCCUGAACUGGUGUAAAUAGAAAGUUCAGCUGAUCUUGAUUUUAAUUAACUUAUUACACCAUUAAUAUAAAGUUGGAAUUCUAUAUUAAUUAUGUUGUUCUGGCUGCCUGCAGUAUCAGUUUGCCUCUCUUGUUAGGGAGCUGUGUAACAAUCUGCCAUUUAAUUGUGCAGGGUUUUUUACACUGCAGAAUUAGCAGGAGUGUACGUACACAGAAUAAUUUUAUUGGCUCGUCUCUUAAAUUUGAACAUUACAAAGUUUUUUUAAUUGCAUUUUGUCUCUUGUGAAUUAAUUAUGACUCUGUAGAAGAAAUAAUAAAAAAAUAUAUGUUACAUGUUA